AAUUUCACGCGAGAUCUGUCAUGGCCGACAAUGGUGGGAAGGGACCUCAAGUAGAAAAAGAACAAUAACAAAAUAUACUUUGUGACGUUCUGAAUGCAAGCAAACACUUCAGUUCAUGAUGCAGGGAAGGUAUCAACCCAAUGAUAGUAGAUUUAGAUCCCCAAAUUCUACUGUUCGACCACCACAUUUAGGAAAUGACUUCCAAAAUGUUCCAAUGCAUGGCUAUGGAAACAUGCACGGUGAACCCCCAAGAUUUUCACAAGAUCAACCCCGGAUGUUCAGUCCACCUAACCCACCAUUUCCAAACAUACCGCCAGGGAGCCAUCAGCAACAGGCACAACAGAACCUAAAUUUCCACCCUAACCCGCCGUUCAGUCCUAGUACUCCUAGGAUAAAUCCACAAAAUCAAAGUGGAUUCAGUCGCCCGCCUCCAAGGAUUGACAAUCUACAAUUACAAAAAGACUUUCCCUUUCAGCACCCAGUGUCACAUAUCCAUCAACAGGCCUCUGGAGAUCCUACACAAAAUACUUCAUUACAAGGUUCAGGACUGUCGAAUAGUUUUGCAAGAAAUGAUGUCCCAGAUUUUCUCCAGAUGCAACAAAAACAGUUUGGCAAUCCACAAUGGAUACAGCACAGUGAAGAAAAAACCCAAGAAAUGCAACAAUCAAACACGAAAGGCUUUUAUCCUCCUGCAAAUUAUUCUGGAACUGGAAUGAGCAAUUUUCCACCACCUACCUAUGACUCUAGACAGUUUCCUCCUAAUUACGACAUCAUUAAAAAUCAAAUGCUUGAUUCUCAAAGUUUUGUCGAACAUCAGAAACAGUUUACUAAAGAUGACAGAGAAAAGAACAAAAAACUUAUCAUAACAAAGGAAGCAAGUCAGGAAUGGGUUAAUAGAUGGCUCGGGCAAAUAGGGAAGUCAUCGCAAGAGCAACUAACUAAAUCAUCUUCAGAGCUUGCAUGCAGUAAAACUCUGAAAAUUUGUGAGGCACAAGAACGAGUAAAACAGAUGGUUUUCCUUUUAGCAAAGUUGAAACAGGAGACUGCUUAUUUGGAAUCACUAACAGUUGACAGUGAUGAAUGGAAAAUUCAUGCUGAAAAAGCGACACAAUUACAGCAUGAACUGAAACGGCACCAAGAGGUGAUGACAGAUGAAGCCAUGCUUAGUGACCUACAACAGAGAAUUUCAAAAAGGAGAAAGAAAAGGCUGAGGAAGAAGGAGAUAAGGAGAGAGAGUUAUGAAGACCGACAGCAGCAGAUGGCUGACAGGGAGGAGACGCAUCAGAGGGUUGACAACUGGCAGGCCAGAAUACAGAAGGAAGAAUUAAACAAAAAGCAGGAGAAAGAGCUGAAGGCUGCUGCAGACUCCAUACUUAGUGAGGUCAGGAAGAAGAUAGCAGAUGUUGUCAAGACCAUAGAUCUGCUCAAAGGUCUACAGAAACUACGAAAACUCAGAAAGGAUAGGCUGUCUAGACAAGGAAUCACUGUACCCACUGGUAGUGACCUCAAGUUUGAGGAGCAGACGACACAGCAGAUCAAAGUGAUGCAAUCACAGAAAGAGGUCUACCUUGCAGAGGAAAAAACUCUAAAGGUAAUGUUGGAGGUAGAACAGGAAGAAACAAAGGAGAAAGAGAGGGAGCGUCUACAGAAAAUACAGAAACUGAAAGCAGAGAGAGAGGAACGAAAAAUGAAUAUUAAAAUGUUUGGACCUAGUGAAACCAUCCAAGGAGAUGACCCCCUGUUUCCCUAUUUCCAGUACUAUGAUCAAGCUAACCAGACAUUAGAAGCUUUUCUACAGAUAAGAAGAGAUUGGGACAUGUUUUUGGUACCAGACAGAACACCAGGUGGCACUAGAAUACCAGAUGGAUUUGUCGUACCCUCUGACCCUUCCAGCGAAGCUUGGGCAACUGCUUUGAAAGAUGAUUAAAACAAUUGUAACUGACA